CCCUACGAUGCAUGCCGUUUUCGCUGUAAAGAACACGGAGACGAGGGUGCACCUACAAAACCCGAACCAUCGAGGCUGCUGGGGUGGCUGCAAGAUCUCCAACCACUGAAGACUCAAGAGAUCAACGUUCUUAUCUUGGGCGAGGCGGGCGUGGGAAAGUCGACGUGGAUCAACGCCUUUGUCAACUAAACGCCUUUGUCAACUACCUCACCUACAAUUCUCUCGAGGAGGCCAUGGAAGCGGGCGAGCCGCAAUAUGUCGUCCCGUAUUCCUUUUCGUACCAGCUCAAGGAUGAGAAUGACCGGUUUCGCUCAUACGAUAUCCAGCGUGGCUCUAGCCCCCAAGAACAGAAUGGCAUUGUCGGACAGUCGGCGACCCAGAAGACAAUCGUCUACCUCAUCCCGCUGGGUGACGAGAUAACACUCCGCCUGGUCGAUACACCCGGGAUCGGUGAUAUACGUGGCAUAGAGCAAGAUGCCCUGAACAAAGAGGACAUCUUGGCUACGCUGCAUCAUAUCAACAAGCUCUACGGGAUUCUCAUCCUGCUGAAGCUAACUAACUCUCGCUUGAACGUCAUUGGCUACUCGCCCGGCGAUACCUUCAACCCGCUUAAAACACUCUUGGCCACGUACAGAGAUAGUGAGAUAUCGCUCUUCGAACACAAUACUUACUGCUUCGACUCCGAGAGUUUCCGAUUCCUCAGGCUGUUAAAGCACUGGUCGAGUCUCAACGGCCACAAAGUCAAGAGUACGCUUAGCGUCAACACGGUGCGAGACCACAUUAUCGCAAUCGCGGAUCCACUAGCCAAGCUCACGGAGGCCAUUGAAGAGACGAUUAGGCAAAACACGGAAACCGCUCGCGUCCUCAAACAAUCUAAUAAGACCCGGAGGGAGCUGGAGUCCCAGCUCCGCGUCCAGGUCAUCAGCUUUGAUAACGUCGACCUACUCAAGCCAAGAAUGGUCUAUUCCCACGCCGACUGUCACACAAGCGUGAAGGACGGCGAGAAGGACGGCGAGAAGGACGAAACUCGUGUCAUCUACAACGCCAGCUGCCACGAUGAGCCUUCCCUCAGGGCCUGCCGCGCGUUCGACCACGGACUCCGAAGAACGAAAGACAUGCGUAUCGACCCCGAAGUGGAAAGCCUCUUGGCAGAGAACGCCUCUGCGGCUGAAAUCCAGGCGGCCACCCUAGCGCAGAUCGAGAGAGAUAUCAAGCGGCGAGAGGAGGAGAAGCGGGUGCUAGUGAGCGCGUCGACCGAGUUCGGCCGAUAUCUCAAGCGCAACUCCAUCGUCCCGUACAAUAUCGAGAAGCUGCCGUAAAUCGACGCGCAGCUGAAGGCGCCGGACACUUUCGCCGUUGAGGCGACGACCAAUGCGGUGGACGUCACGUUCCAUCGCUGUACAUAAGCUGGUGGUUGAAAAUGUUGUUGAAGGGACAGUUAUGAUUGAAAAUUGACAGAGAGCGCUCUACC